AUGCAUGUUAGAUUUCCAUUUGAUAUUAUUAGAGAUGAAUUAGAAAAAUUAGUUAAAAAAUAUCCACUUGAUUCUAUUCAUAUACCAGAAGCAACAGAAUAUUUAAUUAAUGAAUUAAAUUGUAAAAUGAAUAGUAAUGAAUUGAAUCAUUUAUUAAUAUGGUCAACAUGUACAUUAUCAAUGUCAUUAAGAUAUUUAAACAAACCAUUUAUAUCAAAUUUAAAUGUACAACAAUAUGCUAUUAGAACAUUACGUAAAUUUUCACCUGAAGCUAUUGUUUUUUAUUUACCACAAAUUGUACAAUGUCUGAGACAUGAUUAUAAUCAUUUAUUGAAAAGAUUUAUUAUUUCUAUUGUUAAAAAUUCAGUCAUGUUUACACAUCAAUUAAUUUGGACUUUAAGAACUGAAAUUGUUGAAUCUAAUCAUUUAACAUUAGAAGAAUUACAAGAAAUUAAAUUACAAGAAUUUGAAUUGAGUGAUAUUUUAAAACCAUUCUAUAUUGAUGUUAUUAAAGCAUUUGAUUCUAAUCAAAUUAGAUUAUAUAAAGAGGAAUUUCACUUUUUUGAUAAAAUUACUAAAAUAUCAGGUUUAUUAGUACCUGUUGAAAAAGAUAAAAGACAAGAACGUUUAAUUGAAUAUAUGAAAGAUAUUAAACCAUCAUUUAAUUUAUACACUCCUACCAAUACUCAAUUCAGUAUUACUGGUAUGGAUUAUUUAGCUUCUAAAACUUUAAAAUCUGCUAAAAAAGUUCCAAUUUUAAUUCCAUUCUAUGUUAAACAGAGACCAUUAGGUUUUGAUAUUGGUGAGGAUGUUAAUAUGAAUCAAAAUAAUAUGAAUGGUAAUAUGAAUAAUAUGAAUGGUAAUAUGAAUGGUAAUAAUAUGAAUAAUACUACUCAAAAUAAUCAAAAUAAUAUAAAAUUACCAUGUAUAUUUAAAGCAGGAGAUGAUUGUAGACAUGAUCAAUUAGCAUUACAAAUAAUAUCCAUGUUUCAAAGAGUUUAUGAAAGAAUUGAAUUACCACUCUAUUUAUUCCCAUAUAGAGUAAUUACAACAGGUAGAGGAUUAGGUAUUAUUGAAUGUGUACCUAAUAGUAAAUCUAGACAUCAAAUUGGUGAUUCUAUUAAUGCAGGUGAUAAUUUAUAUAAUUAUUUUAUUAGAAAGUAUGGUAAUGUACAUACUGUUGAAUUCCAAAGAGCUAGAAUGAAUUUUAUACAUUCAAUGGCUGCUUAUUCAAUUGUAUCAUUUAUUCUAUCUAUAAAAGAUAGACAUAAUGGUAAUAUCAUGUUAGAUGAAGAUGGACAUGUUAUUCAUAUUGAUUUUGGUUUUAUAUUUGAUAUAUUGCCGGGUGGUAAAUUUGGUAUUGAACAAGUUGUACCUUUCAAAUUAACAACUGAAAUGUUAGCUUUAAUGGGUGAAGAACAAGCAAUUGAAGAAUCUAGAAAGAAAGAUCCAUCUCAAUUACCAGGUAAUUCAUCAUCAUCAUCUUCAAGAGGUAAUAAUGGUGGUAUGAGUAGUGUGAGUGGUAUGAGUAGUUCAAUUACCAAUAAUACUAUUGCAUCAACAUCUAAUAAUAUUACUAGUACUAGUGGUGGUGGUAAAUCUAAAGUAUCUAUUAAAGAUACAAAUUUAGAUUCUAAAUCUAAUCCAUCAAAUGUAAAUGUCAAUUCAGAAUUAGAUUCAGAUACUAAUGAACAUUCAGAACCCUAUAAUUUAUUUGUUGAUUUAAUGAUUAGAGGAUAUUUAGCAGCACGUGAUCAUAUGGAUUCAAUUAUUGCUAUUAGUGAAGUGAUGGUACAAUCUGGAUUACCAUGUUUUGCUAAGGAAGAUUCAAUUGAACGUUUAAAACAACGUUUAUGUGCUGGUAAAUCAGAGAGAGAAGCUAUUUUAUUUAUCAAACAAAAAAUUAAGGCUUCCUAUCAAAAUGUUUUCUCUGUCAUUUAUGAUGUUUAUCAAGAAAAAGUUGAAGGUGUUAAUAGAUAA